AUGCCGGCCCUGGCCGCCCAGCGGCGGGGCUGCCGUGGCCUCUACCGCCUGUACCUACGGUGCCAGGCGGCGCCGCGGCCCCGCGCCUGCCACGGAUGGCAAGUUUCAGUGAAAAGUGGGAACCUAAACUAUAUUCUACCGUGUAAUCGCCUGCCUGUGCAGUUGGUGAGUCAAGUGAGAGUUUAUACCUCCAAUGGUCAGAAGAAAGAUCUUGGAUCAGAAGAUAAAAAUGGAUCAGCCCGUGGAGAAACCCUGCAAAAAACUGAAACAGGACAAGAUACAACCAAUGCAGGCCAAAAGCAGUCUUCAGCUAAACAGCCAAUCCAAGUAAAAGUGAAAGCAGUCCUUAAAAAAAGAGAGUAUGGACCAAAAUACACACAGAAUAACUUCAUCACUGGAGUCAGAGCAAUAAAUGAGUUUUGUCUUAAAUCCAGUGAUUUAGACCAGCUGAGAAAAAUUAAGCGCCGAAGUCCCCAUGAUGACACUGAGACUUUCACGGUGUACCUGAGAUCGGAUGUAGAGGCAAAGUCUCUUGAAGUUUGGGGUAGUCCAGAGGCUCUUGCCAGAGAAAAAAAGCGACGUAAAGAGGCAGAGAUCAAGUACAGAGAAAAUCUGUUUAGAAAUCAAAGGCUGUUGUGGGAAUACAAGGAGUUCUUUGGAAAUACUAAGCCACGCUCCAGUACAGCAGCUAUGUUUUUCAAGGGACCAGGGAAGGUGGUAAUGGUAGCUAUAUGCAUAAAUGGGUUGAAUUUUUUCUUUAAGCUGCUUGCCUGGGUUUACACGGGUUCUGCAAGUAUGUUUUCAGAAGCCAUACAUUCUUUAGCAGACACAUGUAACCAGGCGUUGCUAGCUUUGGGCAUCAGUCAGUCUGCAAGGACACCUGACCCUAGUCAUCCGUAUGGUUUCACAAAUAUGCGCUAUAUUGCCUCCUUGAUUAGUGGAGUAGGCAUUUUCAUGAUGGGUGCAGGACUUUCUUGGUAUCAUGGGAUCAUAGGUUUACUCCACCCUCAUCCUGUAGAGUCUCUUCUCUGGGCAUACUGCAUUUUAGCAGGUUCAUUGGUAUCUGAAGGAGCCACCCUACUUGUUGCUAUAAAUGAAAUUCGGAGGAGUGCUCGAGCCAAGGGUCUUUCAUUUUAUCAAUAUGUUGUGCAGAGUCGUGAUCCAAGUACCAAUGUGGUGUUACUGGAGGAUGCUGCAGCAGUUCUGAGUGUGGCUGUAGCUGCUACCUGUAUGGGUCUGACUUCUUUAACAGGAAACCCAUAUUAUGACAGUGUGGGGUCUCUAGGUGUUGGAACUUUGUUAGGAACUGUGUCAGCAUUUCUAAUCUACACUAACACUGAAGCCCUGCUGGGACGAUCCAUUGAACCUGAACAACUGCAGCGGCUCACAGAGUUACUGGAAAGCGAUCCUGUAGUAAGAGCAAUUCAUGAUGUUAAAGCCACAGACAUGGGAAUGAGCAAAGUGAGAUUUAAGGCAGAAGUAGACUUUGAUGGACGUGUUGUUACUCGGUCUUACCUGGAAAAACAAGACAUUGAACAGCUGCUACAAGAAAUUCAGCAAGUGAAAACCCUUGAAGAAUUAGAAGCCUUUAUGCUUAAGCAUGGUGAGAAUAUCGUUGACACACUGGGUGCUGAAGUAGACAGACUUGAGAAGGACCUGAAGCAACGAAAUCCUGAUGUUCGUCAUGUGGAUUUGGAGAUACUGUAGACUUGAACAGGAGAAAUCUUCAGGUUGCUGCCCUCACGGAAAGAAGUCACAUAAAGGGCUGAAAAGCUUCUGAGAUUGCAGUGACCUCAGCACCAUACCUUGCUUCCUUUGCUGUAGGCGUCCUGGACUGUUAGCACUGCUUCUGUUUCUGGAAGAGCGCUAGACUUGCAGACAAAAAUUUCCAUGGCAAAAUCAGUUUCAAAAAGCUACUUGAGUUAAAUUCCACAGGAGAGUCUGUCCAACUAUAUUUACUGUGAUUCAGAACUUUAAACUUGAGGUUUAAUUAGGCAAAUACAGCUGCCUGAAACUAUACAACACACAUAGUUUUUCCAUUUGUGUCCCUUUGCCGUCUGUUUGCACUUCUUUAGUUUCUUUCAAGAUAUCACUAAAGGUUCUUGGGAGAUAUUAAGAUUAGAUAGGAAGAGUUUGUUCCAGUGGAACCUGCCAAUCUUAAAUUUUAAUAUUUCAGCUGUGUGAUUGUUUCACAGUUUUUCUUUUCUAUGAGAUAAAUUGUUUCAAAUGGGCACUGGCCUUAUCUCAAGUACCAUGACAUGGAAACCUGCUUUUUGCCACCAUUAUGAUUUCAACUGCACUUCAGGAAAACAAGGCUUUUCACCAUAGAGGAGCCAGCUGUGUGGGUUUAGCCAGAGUACAUUAACUUACUGUGAAAAAUUUCUGCAUACAAAUUUCGGUGCACUUCCUCUCUUUAAAUUUUGUUUGGUUUUUUUCCCUACUUUGACACUUGUUUUCUUAUUUGUAAGUAUCUUCAGAUGUAAUAUGGGAGAUAUUUAUGGUAGUGCUUAUUAAAAGUUACCUGGCAUUUUUGGCUUUUUAUAUUUUAAUAGACUCUAUUGCCAGAUAUGGUCUUUGCUGGAAGAUGUGAGAGAUGUAGCUGGAAUAUAUAAUAGUAAAAAAUGAUCUAUUUAUGAUUAAACUAAUGAAUACAUUGCAUUUUUAAUUUAUUUGCCUUUAGAUAUUACCUGAAUUCAAAACCACUUACUCUGAAUUUUUUGAUAACUUGACCUUGCUUGUUUGGGGAAGUAGAGUAAUUCUAUCCGGUGGUUCUCAACAAUCCAGAGAUAAGUGAUUAGUUUAUAACUUUGAAAUGUGAAAUUCUAGAACUGUGUUCAAUUGUCUCAAGGCUUUCUGCAGUAGGUACUCAAGUUGUACCAGAUUCUGUAAGACCCAGCCUUUAUUAUUAAUAAGGCCAUGAGUACUGAACAUGCAAGUGGAAAUAUAAGUGAAAUAACCAUAUUUAAAUAGCACUGAGGAAAAUUCUUUAUGCACUUUAAUGUAAAAUAAGAUUUGCUUGUGGGUGACAGGUGGUAAUAAGCCAUUCUAGUAACUCAGUUGCUGAUUAAUGGCUGAAUUGCUGCAAGAGGAAAUGUUGAUGUGAAACAUAAGUCUUCAAAAAUCAAUGUAAGAUUAUAUUAUAAGCAUUGCAGCAAAUAAUUGUGGAGACCAAUAUGCCCAGAUUUGACUAAAAGUAUUUUAGAAUAUUUUUUUUUUCAUACUAGCUGUCACCAGUGAACAAUGAGAAUUUAAAAUAACAUGCCUUUUUGACAACUGCAAAGCACUUUGCAUGCUGGUCAUUUUAAGCAGAAAAACAUUCCAAAGUUAAGUUACAGAUGGGGCUUCACAUACAGUAAUUGUGGGUGAAAGGAUCUCCUCGGUACCCUUUUCCAUAAUGUCUGUUCAUUGGUGGCUUCUUUAUAGCAUAUUACCUUAUUAUGGCUAAUUCAAAGGAAGGCUUACUUUAUUUAGUUUUCUCCUAUUGUAAAACUAGUUAGUAUAUUUAAGCCUGAUGAUUUAAAAUGCAGUUUAAAGGUAAUUUGGAAGUCUUCCAUAUCAAAUAAAUAAGGCAUAUUUUAGCACAUUAUAAAUAAUUUACCUUUCUCCUCGCCCUUCUAUGUAAAAUUCAUCUCAUCUCAGUAUGCACUCUCCUGGUAUUAGUCUUAUUCAUGAAGAGCACUGGAAUCUGGUAACGCAUAACAUGUUUCUUCUCCCUAGAAUAUUUAUAUGGAUUUUGAAUUUGUAUAAACACAUUAAUAAACCAGUUAUUUCAGAAAUCAAAAACCUGAAGGGAAGUAAAACUGGGAAAAUGUUCUUCCUGCAGAGGUUAGUGAAGACAGCCAAUGUUAUCCAAGUGUUUUGCAUGCUGGAGUUACUGAUGAAUGAAUAGUGUCAGUGUGCACUUUGCAGGGAAGAACUUUCCCUGCAAGGUUAGUAAACGUUAUCUCAAUAGCAAAGUGUUCCUGUAUCAUUUUCAAAAGGUAUGAGCUUAUAUUCUUACAGGGCAUCUGCUCCAAAAGCCUAUAGAGUGUUUUUUUAUUAAUUGGAGAUGUAAUUAAUCUGAAUUCUGAUCUUAGUUUCCUUGAGUCAGAAAAAUACUCACCUGUACCUUUUGUUUAUAUUCCAAGAUAGAAUUGAAUUCCUUGUCUCCCAGUUACUUUACUGAUUAUAGCAUCACAAUAUGUUAAAUUCAAGAUGCCAGGACUUGAAUGUUUUGGGUACAUUACUGUUGACCAGUCUGAGGACACAGUUGCUUUUUUUAGUGACCUGGAUGGUGAUGUACUACAAAAAGGCAGGCAGUCUGGUUUUGGCAGUACCUUGUAAGUUUACAUGUCAUGCAGUUGGAUGGAAGAACUGAUUCGUUGAGCCUGCCAGGUUGGAAAGGCAUAGUAAUUCCAAGCUGUUACAUUUUAAUUUAUGUUAUAAUUUGCAAAUUGUUUUUAACAGAUGUGACAUUUUUACUGCUUUUUUUCUUUAACUGUCUUUAUAGUCAAAACCUUGAGGUAAUGUGGGUCCACUACUUAGUUUACUUUUCUUUUAAUGUUUUUGGGGAAAAUGAUUAGCUAAUACAUUUGUAUUUACAUGAUAGAGUCCUCAGAUUGAAGAAAUGUACAUGUGUGGAGGAGUGAAUUUUUCUUUAUCACAAAUGCAAUUACAAAAUUAUUUUUUUUACUGAUAUUAAGGAAAAGAAGUGAGGAUUUACCUAACAAUAAAGUUAUAUUCUAGGAUUUUUUCAA